CGGACGCGUUUUCGACUGGGCAACGUAAAUCGCCAUAACACUAUAUUGACGUCAUACGUCAGCGUCUUGCGUCGAGUCGCCUAGUUCGACGAUAAUCGUCGAUUCAUUUCAAAAGUUGCACAACAAUCAAAACCAAAAGCGUCGGAUAUUCUAGAGAUGUCUGGACGUGUGUGCGCCAGCAUCCUGCAGAGAGCCUCAUGCUACACACUGACUCUUCCCUGUUCUACUUUAUCGCAGCCUCGGCCAGUCCACCGUCACGUCUCAUCUGUGGGUGCCUCCAGAGCUGACCAGGUGGGCCUCAGUGUAGAAGAGUCAGGAAAUUGGUCUCAGAUUAAGCGACGACUCUCUACUCGUCAAGAUCUGGACUUCCAGCUCAACCAGGUCCAGAUCAACAACAUUCUGCGCUCGAAUGAGCAGACUGUCAGUGUUCCAGAGUUUGAUGGCAGAGGACUCAGUACCGUGAGAAAGUUUGAGAGCAACCAGCUGGCUGCUAACACCCCUAAUGAGGAUCGACGCAGUGCAGCCACCUGCUUACAGUCAAAGGGAAUGCUCUUUGGAGUGUUUGAUGGCCAUGGGGGCUGGGCAUGUGCACAGGCUGUCAGUGAGCGGCUGCUGUACUACACAGCAGUUGCAAUGAUGCCAAAACAGAGCUUGGAGGAGCUUGAGAAAUGCAUGGAGGAAGGCAGACCUGUUCCUCCCAUUUUGCAGUGGUACAAACACCAUACUGACUUCAACUAUCGUGAAUCUGCUUCACUUUACAUUGACCACCUCAGAGUCUUCUGGCAAGAAUUACUGGACAGUGAGGAACACGAUGAUGGCAUGAGUCCUCCUGAUGCUCUGGAUCGUGCAUUUAAACGACUCGAUGCAGACAUCUCCUUAGAAGCUCAAGUCCCCCUCUCCAAUGACCUUAUGAAAAGCACUGCUAUUCAGGUUGCAUUCGCUGGUUGCACUGCUUCUGUGGCUCAUAUUGGCCCUGAAGGGAUCCACGUUGCAAAUGCUGGUGACUGCAGAAUAGUUCUAGGGGUGCAGGAGGAGGAUGGUUCUUGGAGUGCUUUACCCCUUUCCCAGGACCACAACUCACAAAAUGAGGCUGAGAUGGAGCGAAUCAGGGCCCAGCACCCACCCUCAGAGAGGGACACAGUGGUCACAGAAGACAGGCUUCUUGGGGUACUGAUGCCACUGCGUGCUUUUGGAGACGUGAGAUUCAAGUGGAGCCAUGAGUUGCAGCAGAGCAUUUUAGCCAGCCUGGAGUCUGGAGUUGACCUGGACUCUCUCAACCUGUACCAGUACACUCCCCCAAACUACUUUACUCCUCCCUAUUUGGAUGUGGCGCCUGAAAUAACCUAUCACAAGCUGAGACCGAAGGACCGCUUUCUGAUCCUCGGCACUGAUGGCCUGUGGGACGAACUCGGAAAUGAGGAAGCUGUACGACUUGUCGGAGAGCACCUGAGUGGGGUUCACCUCCAGGCUCCAGUUUCUCCAUCUGAGAGGCAGCUGAAAUUAGGUCAAAUGCAUGAACUCUUGCUGAAGCGCAGGGCUCGCGCCUCCCCUGCUCUGGACACCAAUGCUGCCACACAUCUCAUCAGACGUGCUCUUGGUACAGGGGAGUAUGGAGAACUGUGCCAGGAGAGACUGGCCUCCAUGCUCGCCCUGCCAGAGGACUUGGCUCGAAUGUACAGGGACGAUAUCACAGCUACUGUGGUGUAUCUGAACUCUAACCUGGCCAGACCUCAACAUGCCUGAAGGGAGUUUUUUACUUUACAAUGCUGGACAGAGAUUUUAAAAAAUCAUACUAAUGCUCAAUUGUGUCUAGAUUACAGCCAAUGAAUACUCCAGGCUGACAGUUUCUGGAUCAUUUGGGGCCAUUUUACCACCUGUUACUUGAGUUUAUAUAUACAUAUUUUAAAAUGGACCGAAGUUACCAUAUGUGCAAAAAUAUUUUUGAAAGAUCACAAAUCCAUGGAUUUAUCAUGUGUUGCUUAUUCAUAAUAUGAGUCAUCAAUCAGGUCAAAAACAGAUUUCCUGGAUAAUGAAGGACUUUUUACAGACAUCACAGGAGUUUGGUGUCAAUGUGGAAAUGCUGUGAGUACUUAUAAGUCUAUUUAGUAAUGAAGACUCUCUUUGUUCCUUGUCUGCACCUUUGUUGUUAUUUUUCUUGCACAGUUUGCUUUAGACAAUCAGUCUGUGAGAGUUCUGUCUGUUUACCUGGAUGUUUACUUUACCUGUGUGUAAGCUAUGAAGUAUUCUUUUUGUAAAUGUGCUGUCAUCAUUGUAAAUCUUAAACCUGUCUCACCUGUCACUCUGUUCAAUGUGAAAAAAGACUUUCUAUUAAAAAAAGGGACAUUUUUUUGUCUUAA